AUGACGGCUCGGUCAUCUUUGGGUCGGCCCACCGAUAGUAUGCCCCCACCCGGCAAAGGAAGAGUGCUCCCCGUUUUUGGACCCCGCCAUUGCGGAUGCCCUGAGGAGACCGAGACCGGAGGCGGCGGGGACAGCGCUAUCGAUGAGGAUCUUACGGAUGAUACUCCACUUCGACGACUGCCGCCAAACGGCCGGGAUGCCGUGAAUUUUACUUGGUCUGAGCAAAGAUGUGUUGACUUGAUCCGUUUAUUUGGCCGAUGGUACAAGAAGCAUCACCAACUUUUGGCCACUAAGCCCAUGGCGGAGGUCAGGUACAUAUACGACCAAGCCUUUGACGAAAUACUCGAAGUCUAUCCGAGCCUUUGGGCUUGCAAAUUCAAAGCGCUGGGCCCAAAAUAUCAACGCCUUGUUGAGGAUUGGAUGAUGGUUACCAAUAACUUAUUUGCUUCUAUGGAUGAUCUUGGGGAUGAGAUUUCCAAUCGUAUUCGCCGAAGAGGCAUGCCUCCCAAGGUGUACCUCUUGCUGAAACAUUCCACUGAACAGGUUCAACACAUUGACAUCGCGCCGUUGCUUGACAACCGACAACCUGGUCGCCCCACCAAAGCGGUGGCCAAGCUGGCUUUCUUCUUGGUUCAAGGGGUCUGCGCCGAAUUCAAAGCCCGUGAGGUCGUGGCCGACAUGGAUCGUCUCCGCUUGCGCAAGAUUUGGGACACCAAUUGGCAAGCCGAGCAACUCCGCCAUGCCCAGGUCCUGGUCGAAGAAGAGGUGCGCCACAAACAGGUCACUCAUGAACUCAAGAUCAAUGUGGCCCAUAUCGAACGAGCUCAGAUGCGUGCGAUUGAGAGGGAAGUCGACAGCGCUCGCGAGUAUGAUGAGGCAGAGGAAGCAUUGGAACCCUUCUCCAGACGCACUGCCGCUGCUAAUCCCGGUCCGGCCCACCCAAAUUGAGGUCACUGUCCAGUUUGUUGGCCCGUCUGUAUGCCUCUACUUAGCUUGUACAUGUGUUGGGUUACUUGAUACCGUUAACCAUAAAUAGCUCCAGAAUAUUACCUUUGAGAGUCUGUUCCUCCUGUUUCAAUGUUUUAAGCUGCUGUAGAUGACAGCUCUGAAUCCUCAACUACCCCCAGACUUGUAGUGCUGCCCUCAUACAAUUUUUUGGCUUGAUUAUAUUAACACAACUCCGCGGUUCACUAUGAUCUGUGUCCAUACAUAGUUGUACAAGCGAGUUAAAC